UUGUCACCUACUCCAUUUUUUCUCUUCCUAUCUUGCUUUCAAACUUCCUCUCUGUUCUGACACAUAAUAAGCAGCAACAGCAGAUAGAAGAAGCAGCACAAGGAAGAAACAAAAAACAAAAACACUAAAAAUGGAGAAGAGAAACUGUAAGAUAUGUUUCAAGAGAUUCUCGAAUGGUAGAGCACUAGGUGGUCAUAUGAAAUCUCAUAUGGCAAUUCUUCAAACACCACCAAAAGUUGAACAGACCAAGUUUAAUUUUCAGCAGGAACAAAUCAGAAACGAAGCUGAAUCAUCUGAAGAAGAACAAGGAGAUGAAGAAGAGAUGAAAAAUGGGUUAUACAAUGGAUUGAGGGAACACCCAGAGAAAAGUUUCAGAUUAGUAGAUCCUAUAUUUUCUUCAUCAACAGCAACAAUGGAAGUUGGUAAUUCUUCAUCAGUAAUUAUAGAUAGAGAAAGUGAAACUGAUGAAUCGUUUAAGAAUAAUACUCCGUCACUUACUAGAAGAAGAUCAAAAAGAAAUCGAAGAAUACCCAUUACUCAAAAGGAUCAGUAUCUUACUUACAAUGAAGAAAUCCACUGUAACAUUAAGAAGAUGAAGAAAUUGAAGAAAGCCAUUAUGAAAGCUGAAGCAUUUGAACCAGUUGAAUCGGAACCAGUAAGUUCAGUUUCUGAUAAUACUAUUGAAGAAGAUGUUGCUUUUUCUUUGAUGAUGCUUUCUAGAGAUACUUGGAUUAAAGAAUCGGAUGAAGUUUCAGAGAAAUCUAUUGAUAUUGAGGAUGAUUAUGAUUCAGAGGAGGAGAUCAUUAAGCUAACUUCUUAUACUUCGCGAACAGCUGCAACACCAACUCGAAAGAAAUACCAGUGUGAGUCAUGCAAGAAAGUUUUUCGUUCAUAUCAAGCAUUAGGUGGGCACAGAGCAAAUCACAGUAAGAUUAAUGGUUGUAUUCUUCCAUCUUCUACCAUUCAAGCUGAUCAAAGUAAUGCAGAUGACUAUCUCAAAUGCCCAGUUUGUUUCAAAAGCUUUAAGUCAAGACAAGCUCUGGGAGGACAUAAAAGAAUCCAUUUUUCUGCAGAUUUAACAGCAGCAGCAGCAGCAGCAACUAAUUCCAAUACUACUACUUCUACUGUUCCAAUUUCAGCAGCUUCGAAGUCUAUUAAAUUUAGAGAUAAUCUGAUAGAUCUCAAUCUUCCAGCUCCGAUCGAAGAAGAUGAUAAUUCAGAAUUCAUUGAUCUUAUUUAAAAAGAUGUAAACAAGGCGUAAUUCAGGUGAACUAAAGCUGAAUUUUAGAGGUAAAGAAAUCAUUUUUACUUUAUUUUUUGAGUUUGGGUUUAAUCCUAUCAAAAAUGUGAUUAAUUUUUUAGAUUUAUUUUUGUUUUGAGGAAUAUUGAAUUGAAUUGACAAUUUUUACAUAGUAUGAACUCCAUUUUUAUUGAAAAUUUCAAUCUUCUUGGUUAGUGUUAGUUAAUUAAGCUCUGUUUGUUAGUAACUACAGUAUUUUGUUAGUGCCUUCUGUAAAUAAAAGA